AUGGAACUUACGCCCAUGGAUGUGAAAUCAGACGAAAUGAGAUUUGGCCCCAAUUCAAUUCGUACACACAAACAAAUGCCCGUUGACAUGAUCCAGCUCUCUUCCAGGAGUAUACUCCAACAUCGAGUGUUACCUCUUUUCACGUCAUACAUGAUUCUUCUCAUCUUGUUGGAACAAGUAAAUUCAUCAUCAUCAUCGUUAUCAUUCACAACAACAUCAUCAUCCAACAUCACUUUCACACAACCAGUUCCUUCUUCCAACAGUAUGACAAGCACGAAUCAUUCAACACCAACAACAACACUCCCAAUCAUACUCCAUCAAGUCUUGUAUCCGAGAAAUGAAGUGAUGGACCUGUUACCGGUGAAUCAAUUUUACUAUCCCAUGCUCUUUCCCUUUGAUGUUCAAUAUCACGAUUUUUGUAGCACCACUACUACUCCUCAUACUAUUCAUCAUGAUGAUUCUUUUUGUACAAACUAUUUGUGUGAGUCAACCUUCACUUGGAAUUUGAGAAACAAGUCACAAAUCAUGGAAUUGGGAUCGACCAUUAAUUAUUGUUUAUAUUGUAAUCAAAGUCAAUCGAAUGAAUUUAGAAAAGCUCUUCAACAGGGAAAUUGUUCAUUAUUUACAAGAAAUGAAUUUACAUUGUGGAGUCAAGUACAUUGCAAUAAUGUACCAUAUUCUAAAUCAUCUCAUCCAUCGAAUGAUGAAAAUCAUUUGACAUUGAAACGUCAUUUGGGACUUUUUGAUUUUAACUUUUUAUUAACGCCUUAUUUCCAAAUUAAUUUUUUGAAAUAUAGACGAAUGGAAAAUGAAAGUUUGACCUUUGGAGAUGCUUUGAGAGAAGUGAAACUUGAAACAUUAUUUCAAUUUUAUUUUUCUAAAUAUGUAAAUCCAAUGAGUCGAGAAUAUGACAUGUCAACUACUCGCUCGAUUCAACAACAUCACCAACCACCAGAUAUAAUCAUCCCUCCUCUCGAUGUACCCUUCACUUGUUGGUGCAAUUAUCAAAAUUCGAACGAACAAUAUUUUGCAUUUCAAUGUGAUGAUUUUUACCAAAAAUUUCUCUUCCAUUUCACACAUCGAUAUGCUCACAUUGUAUUGUGUAUCAUAUUUUCUGUACUAUCUAUCAUGAUUUCCUUUUUAAUACUCUAUCCAAAAGCACGUGACAUGAUUUCUAUAACUCUUGAUUUGAAACUUAAUCACGGAUUGGUGAAAGUGAACAACUUUAGCAAAUGUAAUUUAUUUGGAAAACGAUUGUUGGCCAUUUUGAGUGCUCUUUCAAGUAUUUCAGUUCAAUCCUCAGCUUUCUUUGUUGUGGCUUGUUUCUGUGGAUUUAUGGAAAAUUUCCUCAAAUUUUUAUUCAAUUUUUCAGCAGUUAGUUCUUUUCAAAACAAUUAUUUUAAGGGAUUCUUUAGAGCCAUGUGCUGUGUGUUCAUUGUUUGUGGAUACAGUAGUUUAGUGAUUUCUUGGAGUCAUUUCGUCAGUAACAAACAAGGAUCGACAAGUCCAACAUCACUUUCACUCUUUCACAAAUCAAUGUUAGGACUUUUCUAUGGAAGUACUGUGAUUGUCAUGCUCGUCGCUGCAAUAUUGUAUGUAGUGACAUCCAAUAUCUCAUAUGCUUGGAUUUCAUUGGCAGGUACUGGUUUGUUUUAUUUGUUGUCCUUUGUGGCUGGAUUUGCAAUUUUUGGUUUGAAAAUUCUCUACCGACUUCGUCAAUUACGAAACACGAUUCGAUCCUUUGAAUAUAGAUUCACCAAACUCAUGCUUUUACUCACUCUAACACUCGUCUCUGGUUGGAUUAUUGUACUAUUGACAUUAUUUACUUAUAUUUUUGGAUUUGACGCAGCGUCACUUUUUUAUGGAAUUACUCGAAAUGUAUGGCUCGAUUGUGGAAUGAUUUCUGUAACUCUUGCAUUUGCUUAUACUACAUUCAAUGUAGAGUUAUUGAAGAAAGCGUAUCGAAAUUCAAAACUUUGCUGCUGUUUCUCAUCAGAAAAGAAGAAGAAGCAACAAAAUGAUUAUGAACAAGAGCAUGUUGACAACCAAGAUGAUGGUGACGACGACGACGAACUCUCGUCUCAAAUGUACUACACUGGAGAGAAUCGAGUAGAGGUUGUUCUGAAAAGCUCCACUUCCAAACUCAUGAGCUUACCUUCUCCCUCCUUAACACUUGCUGAAAAUCAUCAUCCGACUGUGGCCACUACAGAUUUUGAAACUGACUCUCAUAUGGCCACUACUCACUACUCUCAACUCUACAAUACCGAAUAA